AUGUCCAGCAAAUGUUUCCGGGAAGACAAAUUACGUGAUGACAUGGUUAUUCAUGGUCCAUGUCAAUCUACAGCUAACGGGGAUUAUGAUAGUGCAUCAUGUCUCAGAUGUAAUAAGUGGAUAUCACCGGUUCAACAAUGGAUUUAUAGGUCUCGUACAACAUGGCCAGAUUACACACUAGUUAAUUCAGCUGUACAAUACGGAGUUUUAUUUGUUCCUAUUGGAUGCAAAAACUCUCCUAAUGAGGACUUACAAUGGCGAACAUCGUUUUCUGUCACCGAGAAACUGUUGAUUUAUUCCUUUACACAUACUCAGUUGUUAUGUUAUGCGUUAAUGAAAAUUAUCUUAAAGGACCUCAUUAAACCGAGACAUGGUGACCUUCUUUGUUCAUAUUUUCUCAAAACGAUUAUGUUCUGGAUAAGUGAGGAAGUAAUCCCCUCAAAAUGGAAACCCAAGAAUAUGCUUUCUUGUUUCUUGGAUUGUUUCAGCAGACUUAUUUAUUGUGUUGAAUAUAAAACAUGUCUUCAUUAUUUUAUUCCAGAAUACAAUCUGUUUGAGGACAGAUUUACUGAGGAAGAACAUAAGACAUUAAUGUAUGCACUCAAAAGUAUAUAUGGAUCGCCAUGGACUUCUAUAUUUCAUACGGAAACUUUUCUGAAUUACAGAUUACAAUCAGAAAAUUCAAAUUGGAUGACUCCAUCAGCGUCGGCAUUAUCUUGUUUUUAUUAUAUAAGAUCAACUUAUAAUCCAGGUUUAAUUCAUAGUGAAUUAAAACGCAUUAGCACUGGCAAUACUAAUAUUUUCAGAAGAGACAUGUGUGUUUACAUAAUAUGUGAUAGUGCUAGGAAAUCUAUACAAAAGUCUGAUAUGUUGAACUUGACAGACAGAAACAAAUCUUUUUACAAACAAUACAAGAUCCUAUUUGCGUAUUUGAAGAUAACUUUACAGUCGGAUUCUAUUUCUUCCUGGUUAUUGUUAGCAUCUUUGUUUUACAACUGUAAACAAUAUCAGGAAUGUCUUGAUAUGACAAACUACUAUUUAUCCAGAUGUACCCCCGAUAUGAUUUAUCUUCAUUCAAACAACAGCUUGGCUGAACAGACUGUUUUCGAACAGAUGAAGCAAAGAUUAGGAUUAGCGCUUGCAUUCAAACAUUUGGUAAUUGAAGAUGUAUGGUUUCAAUAUCCGUUUGAUUUAUUACCAGACGAACUGAUACCUUUGGUAGUGAACGAAAACCUUCCAAUUCCCCCAGUUGUAUAUUCGUAUCUACUGCAAUUUCUGUGUUGUCAUUAUCUUGGAGACAAAGGAGGAAAACAUAGCACGCUGCAUGAUCUUAAACUAACAAUAAAAGAACGAUACUUUAUAUGGGAAGAUGAUUAUACUUUGAAAACACUAACACAAAUUUUUGAAAUAGUCAAGGCAUUACUAUGA